AUGCUUUUAACAUCUGCUCAAAUUGAAGCACUUACAAAAGGAGAACAGAAUUUUCUUAAAUUUUAUCUAUCUAUCUAUCUAUCUAUCUAUCUAUCUAUCUAUCUAUCUAUCGCUCUCUCUCUCUCUCUCUCUCUCUCUCUAUCUAUCUAUCUAUCUAUCUAUCUAUAUAUAUGUCUAAUUCAGUUUUGUUCAUAUCUAUCUAUCUAUCUAUCUAUCUAUCUAUCUAUCUUCUUCAGCUUUGUUCAUAUCUAUCUAUCUAUCUAUCUAUCUAUCUAUCUUCAGCUUUGUUCAUAUCUAUCUAUCUAUCUAUCUAUCUAUCUAUCUAUCUAUCUAUCUAUCUUCAGCUUUGUUCAUAUCUAUCUAUCUAUCUAUCUAUCUAUCUAUCUAUCUAUCUAUCUAUCUAUCUAUCUAUCUGCCUUUCUUGACCUUCUCUCCCUCUCGUUUCUCUUCGUAACCCACUCCUUUUUCAGUAUCUUUAUUUUACCAUCCUCUUUUCACUCCUCUCUUUAUGCCAGUCUAUCUAUUGCUACAUCAUCUUCAAUGCUCUUCGACCUCGUCGGCAGGAUGCAAAUUAAAUGCUUAAUUGUUGAUAAUGAGAGGGAAAAUAUCUGUCUAACUUUCCGUCUAUUCAUACCUACCGAUCUAUCUCUGUUCAUAAACCAUCUAUCUAUCUAUCUAUCUAUCUAUCUAUCUAUCUAUCUAUCUAUCUAUCUAUCUAUCUAUCUAUGUCUGAAUUGA